AUGGCGAUUCCAACACGAGCUCCUCCGGUCCGAGCAUACUCAGAAGAUAUCGACUCGUCACAUCAGAGACGCCGGCGUCCCGGCAGCUCGCGUCUUGUUGCUACACUUUCGCCCUUUCACAAGUUGUCCACGGCUCAGUCGCGACGACGCGCCUUGAGUGACACGACGGGUGCAUCUGACGAGCUAUUUCAUUUUCAAAGCAGCAAGUCCAAGUCGGUCAAGGUGUUCCACGGUGAAGCCAAAGGCAUCCUACAUGGCAUCUUUUCUGUGCUGUUGUUGCGUUUUCUGUUGGCGCUCGUGGCCGUCGCAGGAACGCUCGGAAUAGUCGUUCUGUUGGUUUUAAUGUUCAAAGGGCCUCAUGCAUCGCUGAUGAGCUAG